AAUUGUCCCCCAAAUUCCAUAAUAACCAAGCCAUCAUGUCUUUUCCUAACGUCGCUGUUGCACCUGCUCCGAACGUUUCCUACUUUACACCAGCCCAAGACCCUCCCGCAGGAACGGCCGCAGAGCCCCAGACAAGCGGUAAGCCCGUGCCCAAGCUUUUUCAGCCCUUGGUCAUCCGUGGUGUUACUUUCCAGAACCGCCUUGGACUGGCACCCCUCUGUCAAUACAGUGCCCAGGAUGGUCACAUGACGCCUUACCAUAUUGCGCACUUAGGCUCAAUUGCUCAGCGAGGUCCUGGCUUCUUGAUUAUCGAGGCCACUGCGGUACAGGCCGAGGGUCGCAUUUCGCCGCAAGAUGUGGGUCUCUGGAAGGACUCACAGAUUGAGCCUAUGCGCCAAGUCAUCGAAUUCGUGCAUAGCCAGAACCAGAAAAUUGGUGUACAGUUGAAUCACGCCGGCCGUAAGGCCAGUACCGUGGCACCACUGGUAUCAAAGCCGAUGGUGGCGACAAAGGCCGUGGGCGGCUGGCCGGACCGCGUUUUAGGCCCCAGCACAAUCCCCUAUUCUGAUGCCUUCCCGCAACCCAAAGCCAUGACACUGGCCGAUAUUGAGCAGUUCAAGUCCGACUGGGUUGCAGCUAUCAAACGGGCGGUAAAUGCUGGUGUUGACUUUCUUGAAAUCCACAAUGCUCAUGGCUAUUUAUUAUCGACCUUUUUAUCACCCUCUGUCAACAAUCGCACCGACCAAUAUGGCGGCAGCUUUGAGAAUCGUAUUCGGCUGUCUCUUGAGAUUGCCCAGCUGACCCGUGAUACUGUCGGGCCAGAGAUGCCGAUCUUCCUACGAAUCUCUGCCUCUGACUGGCUCGAGGAGGUUUUUCCCGAGAAAAGCUGGUGCAUUGAGGAUACUGUUUGCUUUGCCCAGGAAUUAGCACGUCAGGGUGCUGUUGAUCUAAUCGAUAUUAGCAGCGGGGGCGUGCACGCGGCGCAGAAUAUUAAAUCUGGGCCUGCCUUCCAGGCGCCUUUUGCUGUUGCUGUUAAGAAAAGUAUUGGUGACAAGCUUCUUGUAUCGACCGUUGGUAGUAUCACCAACGGCCGUCAGGCCAACGAACUUCUGGAAAGAGAGGGCCUGGAUAUUAUAUUAGUUGGUCGUGGGUUUCAAAAGGAUCCCAGCUUGGCCUGGACUUUUGCGCAGCAUGUGGAUACCGAGAUUGCUAUGGCUAGUCAGAUUCGAUGGGGCUUUACCCGUCGUGGUGGCGGACCGUACAUCGAUCCCUCUGCCUAUAAGGACUCAAUCUUCGAAUAGACUGAGCACAGCGGUGUGGAGAGUCGAUAAGACGCUGCUAGAUUCUCAAAACAAUACCGGCUCUGAUUGGCUUAAGCUGCUCACCGCCAAUUUGCACGCUGUACAGAGCUUCCUGCCUGGUAAGACUGAAUACCUAACUCUGCGCUCUCAUCACACCCGAGAAUAAAGGCUAAAAUUGAAAUUAGUGUUUUACAUAAUAUACAAAUACAUCGACAUAGGCAGACAUGUCCGAUUCGUGUACGGAGUAUCAGAAAUAGAACCCUUCCCGAACUCGUGAUCAGAAUGUCCUUUUCUGCUCACACACCAGAAACUAUUAUAAUAAAGAG